AUGUUCGUUUCACUGCUUACUAUUGACCAAAAACAAACCGAUAAUUAUGAAAAUUUUUCUCAAUCCUCUCAUGUUACAACUGAACUUGAUCCAGAACAAAGUACAACAACAGUUGUUGUAGAUAAACCAUCGAAUUCAAAUCGAAAAAUAACAUUGAAUGAAGAUGAUACGCGUGAAACAUGGACAAAUAAUUUUGAUUAUUUAAUUACAACACUCGGCGGACUUAUUGGACUUGGUAGUCUCUAUCGAUUUCCCUAUUUGGCAUUUGAGAAUGGUGGUGCUGCUUUUGUCAUACCCUAUGUACUUAUCAGCGUCUUAUGUGGCAUACCAUUACUCAUCAUGGAAACAGCACUCGGUCAAUUUGCACGUAAAGGUCCAGUUGGUUGUUGGAAUUUUGCACCAGCAAUGCGUGGUAUUGGUAUUGCUUCUGUAAUUAUAUCAUUUUUUGGUGCUCUCUAUUAUGUUAUGAUUAUGGUAUGGGGUGGACUUUAUCUUGUUCAUUCAUUUACUUCAAUUGGUUCUCCGUUACCGUGGAGCGAUGAUGCAGGAGAGCUAUCAAUAAAAAAUAAUAAAACACAAUUGGUUGGUUCAGUUCAACAAUUUUGGAAUACAACAAUUUUAAAUAUAUCAGAAGAUUUAGAUGGUUUAUCAACAUUACAUUGGCCAAAUGUAAUCGUUUUAGCUGUUAUGUGGACAAUUAUUUAUUUAUGUCUUUGGAAAGGUGUUAAAUUAACAAGUCGGCUAGCUGUAUUUACAGCUUUAUUUCCUUAUCUACCCAUGGUUGCAUUAUUUAUUCGUGGAAUAACACUUGACGGAGCUUGGCAUGGCUUAAAAUAUUAUUUAAUACCUGACGCACAACGUUUAUUGAAUAAAAAGGCUUGGAUACAAGCUGCAGGACAUGUACUCUGGGCAUAUGGUAUUGGCUGGGGUAUUAUUCCAGCUUUAUCAAGUUAUAAUCGCCCUGAUUAUAAUUUCUAUCGUGAUAUUGUUGUAACUGGAUCGACAAGUAUCUUAACAAAUGUUUUUAGUGGUUUUGUUGUUUUUCCUGUUUUGGGUUUUAUGAGUCACAAAGCAAAUGUAUCAGUUGAGCAAGUUGUAUCUAGUGGACCUGGCCUAGCGUUUAUUGUUUAUCCAAAAGCUAUUAGUCUUAUGCCAUUACCACAUUUUUGGGCAAUAACAUUUUUUAUUAUGAUUUUUCUACUUGGUAUUGAUUCACAGUUUGUGACAUGUGAGAGUGUACUAACAGGAACUCUUGAUAAACUUGAUCAAUGGUACGAUAAAUAUCCAAAACAACGAAAAAUACGUCGUGAAUAUGUUGUUGCCAUAUAUGUUCUUAUAUCAUUUUCAUUCGGUCUUUUAAUGACAACUCGAGCUGGAUUUUAUAUUUUUAAUAUAUUUGAUAGUUAUGUUUGUGGUGCUAUACCCUUAUUAAUUAUUUGUAUUGCACAAUUGAUCACAGUUCUUUUUGGAUAUAGAACAACAUUCUCAUCAUGGUUUGAAAAAUGGCCACCAUCACAAUGGCCUGGUCAAACAUUUAUUGCACAUAUCAGUGAAAUUUUAAAACGUCGUUUAAAACAUAUUUGGUUCUGUUGGAUAUUUAUUGUACCUAUAUGGCUUUUUGGUAUGUUAGCAAUUGCACUGCGUACAGUUGGCCUGAUUACAUAUGAAAACUUUGUCUAUCCAUUGUCCUUUCAAAUAAUUGGUUAUAUGUUAACAUCGCUUGCGCCAUUUAGUAUCUUUGCCUAUUUCAUUUAUUAUCAAUUAAAACAAAACACAUGA